GGAAUGUGAAAAUUUGUCACCUUUUUGCUUAAGGCUUCCUGUAACACUGCAUCUCAUUUCAGAACCUCAUCAGUUUCAGGACCAGGCGGACAAAGUGGUGAAGGUGCUAAAAACUCAGCAUGGAGUUGAAAGUUUUCCUUUUUGUGGUGGUGAAUUUGGUGAUUUCACCAGCAUUCAGUACUGAGCUAACUGAAGUGGAAAUUAUUGAUCUGACAGAUGAAACAAAAGCAAACAAUGAUUCACUACACGAUGACAUCCUUGAGCUUCCAUUUCAAAGAAGUACCCUUUUUGAAAAUGAUCAAACUCGUUGGACAUCUCCAGUCCCAUAUGUCCUGGACCAAAGCCUUGACUUGAAUGCCAAAGGAGUCAUCCUGAAAGCUUUUGACCAGUUCAGGUUAAAGACCUGUAUCGACUUCAAACCACGAGAUGCUGAGGAGUAUUACAUCUCUAUACAAAAGUUAGACGGUUGUUAUUCCUAUAUUGGGAGACAAGUUGCAAAUGGGCAGGUCUUAUCCAUUGGUUCAGGCUGCGAUUCUAAAGCUAUUGUUGAACAUGAGUUUCUUCACGCUCUCGGCUUCUUCCAUGAACAGUCCAGAUAUGACAGAGAUGAUUUUGUGACCAUUGUAUGGAACAACAUCCUUAAAGGUAAAGAGUCCAAUUUUGAAAAGGCUGGCAGCGAUAUUAGUACCACCCAUGGAACACCGUAUGACUAUCGGUCAGUGAUGCACUACAGCAAAGAUGCUUUCACCAAUGGAAAUGGCUCUACCAUCAUCACCAUAGACCCCAAAUUCCAAAAUGUAAUUGGUCAAAGGCUGGAGAUGAGUUAUUAUGAUGUUCUGGAGCUAAACCGUCUCUACAAUUGCAAUUCAACCAUUUCCUUGAACUGGUACUGUGGCUUUUCUAAUGGGACCAUGUGUAGAAUGGAUCGUUGUUCUCAGAGUAACAUCAGCUGGGAGAUGGUAACACAAGUUUCUGGAGGUCCAAAUUCUGAUCACACCACUCUGCCCAGUGGAAGCAAAGACUACAGUGGAGAAGUAGGGUACUUUAUGCAUGUAAGCACAGCAACAGGCCAGGAAGGAGACACAGCACAACUGGAAACUCAGAGGAUGACUCCCCAAAGAGACUGUCACAUCCAGUGUCUGCAGUUCUACUAUUAUCAUAGUGGAAAUGAGUCUGAUACUCUCAACAUCUGGAUCAGAGAGUUUAAAAAUGAACAGGACCUAACAGGAACCCGACGCCUCAUGGGGCAGAUCACUGGUUCUCAAACAUCUCACUGGAGGCUUCAUCAUGUUUCCUUGAAUGCAUCUAAGAAUUUCCAGGUGGUGUUUGAAGUUCGGAAAGGAGCAGGACGCUCUACAGGAGGCUUCUCAGUUGAUGACAUCAAUCUGUAUGAGACUGAGUGUCCAUAUUUAAGCCUGCAGAUUGAUGACUUUCAGAGAGUGCUGAACACCAGUGCCUCAGGAUCUCAAAUAUACAGUUCAAGGCAGUACUCCAGUGAGGGUUAUGCUUACCGCUUUGCUGUUAUAUUUUAUAAGACAUAUUUUAAACUGAGUGUGCAACUCUUGUCUGGUGAUUAUGAUAAUCAACUGGAGUGGCCUUGCUUAGGACGACAAAUGACUUUUCAAAUGCUGGAUCAGACCCCCAGCAUUCAGCAGCAGAUGACAAAUCAGAGGAGUUUCACCUCAAGUGCAGGAACCUCUUGGUGGAACAAUCCUCGUCAGACUGGAAUUCAACAGUUUGUGGAUGAAAAAAAUCAAAUAGUCUAUGGUGGACCCCUUGUUGGUUUCACAUCCUUUGCAUAUUUGGAAGAGACCCAAGAAAGAGAGCUUCUCAAAGGAGGAAGUGCAAUUUUCACCUUCAACUUUCAAGAUCUCAAUCCACUAGUUAAUGGAAGUUCUCUUCAAUGUCCUCAAGUGAGACCAAUAAACUUUGCCACUUAUCCCACAAAUGACGAUGGACGCCCAUGUUCAUGGACAACACCAAGAACCCCAUUUCCCAUGACUACACCUCCAGCCACGAAUGGACCAUUUGUACACAACACAACUAAAUAUCCCUCAACUUCACAAAAACCUACUGAUAAAGUUGAUAACAGGACAACAUCAAGAACCCCAUUUCCCAUGACUACACCUCCAGCCACGAAUGGACCAUUUGUACACAACACAACUAAAUAUCCCUCAACUUCACAAAAACCUACUGAUAAAGUUGAUAACAGGACAACACCAAGAACCCAAUUCCCCAUGACUACACCUCCAGCCACCAAUGGACCAUUUGUACACAACACAACUAAAUAUCCCUCAACUUCACAAAAACCUACUGAUAAAGUUGAUAACAGGACAACACAAAAAAAACCAUUUCCCAUGACUACACCUCCAGCCACCAAUGGACCAUUUGUACACAACACUACUAAAUAUCCCUCAACUCCACCAAAACCUACUGAUAAAGAUGAUGACAGCAUCUUUUGCCACUCUCCUGCCAUGAUGCCCUCUGUCACCAUCAUCUUCCUACUACUGCUGAUGAUUCUGGUACCUUAGUGUGGAUGUUUUCAUUUAUUUUUUAUAUCAUUAUAAAAUAGGGGGAUUAAAUGUAUUAAAUCAGAAAUGUGAGUUUAUGGUAUUAUUGUGACAUUAAAAGAUCAUUCUAUCAGGUAAAAAUGGGCAUAUAAAAGAAAGAUGAUACUGAUUUGGAGGUGGAUUUUUUUUCAUAAUCAUCAGUUAUUUGAUUUGUGUAAACUAUAAAAUGGAAAAAAGUGAAACAACAAUGAGUCAUUUACAUUAAAAAGUAUAUGUUUAAAAGUCCUUUUAGCCACAAAACAUCUAUUCAGUUAUAUAAAAUAUGGAAAACAAUUUAAAAAAGAAAAUAUAUUUUUUUAAUUGAGAACUCUUUAAAUAACUCCAGGUUGUCAUUGCUUCUUUAUUUUUGUAAGUUCUCUUAGAAAGGGGUCACUACGUUGAAGUUAUUUUCAUUGUAAUUUAUCAAAAACAUGAUGCUGGAUUUUUUUUCCUGAUAUAAUAGGGUGUGCAGGGAGGUCGAUUUUUAAACAGGUUGUCUUAGUAAUUACCUGUCCUGGGCAUUUUUAAUUGAACUAUAAUCUAAGGGGAACAUUGACUCAUGGUGACAGAGUUGCAAAUUUUUAAUGUAAUUUACUGAAAAUCUUGUGAAUAAAAAAAUCUACAACAAAAA